CACGCGGUUCCCGGAUUGGCCGGCGUCCGUGGCCUGACCCGGCGCCGCGCUCGCCAUCUUCACCGUUCCGAUAAAUGCCGCCACAACCGCCUGUUCAAGACAGUUUGAUAGCCGCUACUCGCGUGCUGACUUGCGACGUUGCCACAUUUACGCACCCCCGAAACAACCCCCUGUAUCUGAAAACGUCGCGAGUGAUACGCUGUGAUAUUUUCGCAUUUGACAACUCUACGAAGGAUAUUUAUACGUUUUAGGUUUAGAAAAAUUGGUAUUAACCCACAUCACACUACGAGUCCAUCACUACAAUGCCAGCUCGAGCCCCAGAACCAUACAUGAAUGGCACCACGAAUGGCACCGGUGCAGGAGAGGAUAUCGUCAUUACAGGUAUCUCAGGACGCCUGCCAGAAAGUAACUCCAUCGAAGAGUUUAAGCAACAGCUGUUCGAUGGAGUCGACCUGGUUACUGACGACGAGAGGCGGUGGCCCAGUGGAUUGUACGGCCUGCCCACCAGGACGGGCAAGAUCAAGGAUCUGCAGUACUUUGACGCCACAUUCUUUGGAGUACACGCCAAACAGGCGCAUGUAAUGGACCCACAGCUUCGAAUGUUGCUCGAAUUGACUCAUGAAGCUUUAGUAGACGCUGGAGUGAAUCCCUCGGAUGCAAAGGGCUCCAAAACGGGAGUAUUUAUUGGAGUAUCAGACAGUGAAUCGUCAGAGUUCUGGACGCAAGAUCCUGAACAGAUCAACGGAUAUGGACUCACAGGUUGUUGUCGUGCCAUGUUCCCCAACAGAAUCUCAUAUACAUUCGACUUCAACGGCCCCAGUUACGCAAUCGACACAGCCUGUUCCAGCAGUCUGUUCGCCUUCCAACAGGCGGUGACAGCCAUCAAAACGGGCCAAUGUGAAGCGGCUAUCGUCGGCGGUGUCAAUCUGCUGCUGAAGCCUACCUCCUCGUUGCAGUUUCACCGAUUGAGCAUGUUGAGUCCGCACGGAAUGUGCAAGGCGUUCGACGUCUCAGGAAAUGGAUACGUAAGGUCAGAAGCAGCCGUGGUUGUCUAUCUGCAGAAAGCGAAAAACGCAAAACGUGUCUACGCUUCAGUCUUGGGAGCAAAAACGAACACUGACGGUAACAAGGAACAGGGAAUCACCUUCCCAUCAGGAGGCAUGCAGAACAAACUCAUCAGAGAAGUAUACGAAGAAAUUGGACUUAAACCGCAAGAAGUAUCCUAUGUUGAGGCUCACGGUACUGGUACCAAGGUUGGAGAUCCUCAGGAGGUCAACUCUAUCGCAGAUUUCUUCUGUAAGGACAGGAAGGAUCCUCUACUUAUUGGUUCGGUGAAAAGUAACAUGGGUCACUCGGAACCGGCAUCCGGUCUGUGCUCAGUCGCGAAGCUGGUGAUUGCAAUGGAGGCUGGCAUGAUCCCGCAAAACCUGCAUUUCAAAUCGCCAAACAAAGACAUUCCAGCGCUGAACGAUGGAAGACUAAAAGUUGUGGCUAAGAAUGAACCCUGGAACGGCGGCAUUGUGGCGAUUAACUCUUUCGGUUUUGGUGGAGCCAACGCACAUAUAGUACUAAAGUCAAACCCUAAACCAAAGACAACGUGGCCGGCUGGAUCAACUCCAAGAGUUGUAGGAGUAUCCGGGCGAACUGAAGAGGCUGUGAAUAAUUUCUUGGACAAGGUUGCAAAACAUAAGGACGAUGAAGAAUUCUUAGCUUUAGUGGACGAGGUUCAUAGCAGGAACAUUCCUGGACAUGCCUUCAGAGGAUAUACUGUCUUGAAAGAUCAACCAGUCAAGGAAGUUUCACAGGUACCUGGUGACAAACGACCAAUAGCCUUCAUCUUCUCUGGUAUGGGUUCCCAAUGGCCUGGAAUGGCCAAAGAUCUCAUGAAGGUAGAGGCUUUCAAGACUUCCUUGAACAGGUGCUCAAAUGCACUUAAACCACAUGGAAUCAACUUGGAAGAUAUUCUCAUCAAUGGCACAGAAACGACCUUCGACAACGUAUUGAACUCUUUCGUUUCCAUCGCCGCCAUGCAGGUGUGUCUGACUGACAUCUUGAGCACGCUUGCUAUUGAACCUGAUUACAUUGUUGGACAUUCAGUAGGAGAAGUCGGCUGUGCGUAUGCAGACGGUACAUUGACUGCCGAACAAGCUGUCUUGGCGGCUUACUCCAGAGGUCGAGCCAUAUUGGAAAGCAAACUUGCACCUGGUGCUAUGGCUGCUGUAGGUCUAUCAUGGGAAGAAGUUAAAAAAAGAUGCCCUCCAGAAAUAGUUGCCGCCUGCCACAACAGUGAAGACAGUGUGACAAUCUCAGGACCACCAGCUGCGAUCGAAAAAUUCGUUGCUCAGCUUCAAGCUGAGAACAUCUUCGCCAAAGGAGUAAAGAGUUCUGGCACCGCCUUCCACAGCAAAUACAUUGCUGAUGCUGGACCGAAACUGAGAAAAUCACUGGAUGAUAUCAUCCCUAACCCUAAACCAAGGUCUCCUAGGUGGAUUUCAUCUUCCAUCCCCGAGUCAGGUUGGGGUACCCCAUUGGCCCAACAGAGCUCACCUGCUUACCACGUGAACAACUUACUUUCCCCUGUACUGUUCCACGAAGCCUUGCAACAUGUUCCUGAUAACGCAAUUGCUAUUGAAAUCGCCCCAACUGGUCUCCUGCAGGCUAUCCUUAAGAGGGCUCUGGGACCCAAAGCUACUAACAUCAGUUUGGUCAAGAGGGGACACGCUGACAAUGUGGAGUUCUUGCUAUCAGCUAUUGGAAAGAUCUACAAUGCUGGUGCCCAGCCAAAAUUCGGUGCUCUAUAUCACCCUGUCAGCUUCCCAGUAGGAAAAGGUACUCCCAUGUUGAACUCCAUGAUUGAAUGGGACCACUCCAUCGAAUGGUCUGUCGCCAAUUUCUCCGGAAAAGGUUCCAGGUCUGGCGAACUUGUUGUGGAAGUGGAUCUUAGCAAAGAAGGAGACAAAUACCUCUCAGGUCACGCCAUUGAUGGCCGUGUUCUAUUCCCCGCUACUGGGUACCUAACUCUUGUUUGGAAGUCCUUCGCCAAACUAAGAAAUGAAGACUUUGAACAAUUGCCUGUCAUUCUCGAAGAUGUGCAAUUCCAUCGUGCUACUAUAAUGCCCAAAGAGGGUACAGUGAAGUUCCUGAUCAACAUCUUCGAAGGGUCUGGAGAAUUUGAACUAUGUGAAGGUGGAUCAGUUGCCGUAACUGGUAAAAUCCGUGUCCCAGAAGAUGUCACCAAGGAAUCCCUUACUCUCGAUAAACCUCAAGUGCCUACUGAGAAAGAUGUACUAUCUCUCACGGCACCUGACAUAUACAAAGAACUAAGACUUCGUGGAUAUGACUAUGAAGGUAUCUUCAGAGGUAUCUCAGAGUCAGACAACAAAGGAAUAGCUGGUAAGCUGAAAUGGGACAACAACUGGAUCAGCUUUAUCGAUACCAUGCUGCAGUUCUCUAUUUUGGGUCAGAACACCAGAGAGCUCUACCUGCCUACUAGACUUCAAAGAGCGUUUAUCAAUCCUAAGGGGCACUUGCAGACUAUCAAGGGAUUGGCUGAAGGAGACAGCGUACCAGUAUACAUGUACCGCAAGAUCGGCGUGAUCAAAUCAGCAGGCAUCGAACUGCGCGGUAUGAAAGCCAGCUUGGCUCCUCGAAGACAGCAAGCUCAAUCUCCCCCAAAACUGGAGAAGUACCAAUUCGUCCCAUACGACAACACACAACCUCUUACUGAAGAUCCUGAUAAGGCUAAAACUCAGGCACUGACUGCUAUUUUGCAAACUGUCAUCGAAAAUAGUGGAGGUGCUCUGAAGAUCAAAGUCGCUGAAGUUGGCACCGAUAAGCCUAUCGAGUCUGUCUUGGCGCCCACAAUCAAGGACAUUUUAGAAUCUGAGCCCAUGCUUUCUGCUGAGGUGACUGUAGUAACUGGAGGCCAAACAGACAGCAGUGCACUGGAAGCCAACGAAAUCAAACAUGUAGUACGUGACGUGAACAUUAGUCCAGUAGCCCAAGACACCCACUUAGUAGUUGCCAGUGACUUGUUACAGUACAAUAAACUUAACGUUCUAAGCAACUGUGUAGCCUCUUUAAAACAAGGAGGCUUCGUUCUCCUUGAAGAACUUAAAGGGCCGGUCGAUAUGAAAAAACUUGGUGACUUGGAACUUAUUUCCAGGCAGACCACUAGUUUGAAAGUCUACCUCCUUCUGCGUAAACCUAUCGUUGUCCCAACAGACGCAACUGUCAUCCAAAUAACCGAGAAGAACUUCACGUGGGUGGAACCCCUGAAAGAUGCCAUGAAGAAGGCUGAAACGGACAACGGCAAAAUAUAUGUGUACGUUCAAGGAGAAGAGCUGACUGGCCUUAUUGGCAUGGUGAACUGUCUCAAACAGGAACCUGGUGGUGGAAACAUCAGGUCCGUCUUCCUUCAGGACAAAACCGCGCCCACGUUUACUAUCAAGGCAUACGAAAGUCAAUUGAAGAAGGAUCUGGUACACAAUGUGUUGAAGAACAAGGUGUGGGGAUGCUAUAGGCAUUUGCAGUUGGACCACUAUAACGACUCUGGAAAGUUGCAAGUGGAACACGCGUACAUCAAUACUUUGACUAGAGGAGAUUUGGCCAGUUUGAGAUGGAUUGAAGGACCUUUGGGACAUUACAAGGGUGACGAUCCAAAAACUGAACUGUGCCACGUAUACUACGCCCCACUGAACUUCCGUGACAUCAUGUUGGCCACAGGAAAACUUCCUCCAGAUGCGCUGCCUGGUGAUCUUGCUGGUCAAGACUGUAUCCUGGGUCUGGAGUUCUCAGGAAGAGACUCCAGUGGUAAGAGGGUCAUGGGUAUGGUAGCCGCCAAGAGUUUGGCUACUACAGUACUGGCAGAUCCUGGAUUCCUUUGGGAAGUACCUGAGAAGUGGAGCUUGGAAGAGGCUGCUACUAUUCCUGUCGUAUACGGAACGAGCUACUACGCCUUGGUAGUCCGUGGAGGUUUGAAACAAGGCGAAUCUCUAUUGGUGCACGCCGGUACAGGAGGUGUAGGUCAAGCCUCAAUUGCCAUCGCUCUGCACAUGGGAUGCACAGUAUUCACCACAGUCAGUAGCCAACAAAAGAGGGACUUCCUCAAGAAGACCUUCCCUCAACUGAAGGAUGAAAAUAUCGGUAACUCUAGGGACACAAGUUUCGAACAAAUGGUCAUGACACAAACUAACGGUAGAGGCGUGGAUGUUGUAUUGAAUUCUUUGGCUGCUCACCAACUGCAGGCUUCUGUCAGGUGUCUGGCAAUCGGUGGUAGAUUCUGUGAAAUCGGUAAAGUAGAUCUGUCGAACAACUCGCCACUUGGUAUGAGCAUCUUCUUGAAGAACACCACCUUCCACGGCAUUCUACUUGACGCACUUUUCGACUCUGACACACCCGAGAAGAAACUCGUCAUGAGAUUGGUCAGCGAAGGUAUCGAAAGCGGAGCUGUUAGGCCUUUGCCUAAGACUGUCUUCAAUGAACACCAGGUCGAACAAGCUUUCCGUUACAUGGCCUCUGGCAAGCACAUUGGUAAAGUCCUGUUGAAGAUUCGUGAUGAAGAAAGUCGUAAGACUCAGAGGCCUGUCGUAAAGACAGUCAAUGCUAUUCCCAAGACUUACAUGGACCCAGACAAGAGCUACGUCUUAGUCGGAGGUCUUGGUGGAUUCGGUUUGGAAUUGGCCAACUGGCUAACCACCAGAGGAGCCCAGAAAUUGGUAUUGACUUCUAGGAGCGGGAUUAAGACUGGUUAUCAGUCACUUUGCAUUAGGAGAUGGAGAGAACAAGGCGUGAAAGUGCUGGUCUCCACGGCCGAUGCAACUACUGAUAAGGGGGCUAAAAGACUGUUAGAAGAAGCCAACGAACUGGGACCUGUUGGCGGUAUAUUCAACUUGGCUGUGGUAUUACGUGACGCUAUGAUGGAAAACCAAUCAGAAGCUGACUUCAAAACUGUAUGCAAACCAAAGGUAAGAUAUGACCAACAUCACUUUAAAGCAACGUUUUCCAGUCUUCAUAAAAAAUACCGACUUACAAAGUCAAUGGUCCUAAAACUUCACAUCUAUUUAAGACGCAUUUAUUAAGGUAUUUGCUCACCAUAAACCCCAUCAUACUAGGAUUUUGUGCCUGAACGAAGCGUAAUUUUAGAGACGCCGCUCUGUGCAUGAUAAAUGAACUAGGCACAGUGCCGUACAUACGCGUAUGAUUUGAUGAAUGAACCAUCAUUUUUUAGAUGAGUAAGGUGGAGUUAAGGUAGUUUUUGUUAAUUUUCAUCCAACUUAUGAUAGCAAUUUCUCUCUGUUAACUAAGUGCAGGAUAAAAACUAUGUCCUGGGUGUCCUGGAAGUUUUACUUGAAAAUGCUGUUGAAGUUGUCGUUGUUUGAUUCAGAAACACACGUUUAUUUCUUUUUAUGGAUGUCUAUAUCCUAUUUCACGAGUAUACAUCACGCUUUGAUGUCUACUGAGAUGAACAGCUGAUGAGCACGUAAUAUUUCUGUGUUAGUCUGCAACGUUGGCUAUAAUGAAUCGGGUGUAAAUCUAACAAACAUUUGUUUGUAGCGUUUAGUUUUUUGUAUGCAAAUGAACUUUUCUAAAUAAAACAGCUUUUAGCAAGUACAAAAUGAAUCUUUUGCGUACAAGAAACCAAAUCAAAAUAUGGCUCUGUCUACCUGGCGUUGACGGAUCCGUUAGAAUUAUGUGUCCUUUGCCGAUACGAAGAAUUUUGAAAUAUUACUAGAUAACCAGCUGUCAUUCUACCUUGAUGGAUACUCGUGAAAUAGAGUAUAGGUCUUUUACUGCUGUUUUUUUUUUUCAGAACCCUUUGUAAAUAAACUGCUAGGUUAACCUACACACCGCGCGGCGCUUGAUUUAGAUACGUCGUAUUUUUGUAUGCUGGAUGAUAUGCCGAGCUGCCCAAUCAAUUUUUUCUAAACCUAAUAGCUCGAUUAUCUUAAAGCUUUGGUAUAUCUGCUACUAUGAAAAUUUAUUUAUUAAAUUCCCAAUUUGAAGGACACCUUGGAUACGUCAACGGAGAUUCUGGAACGGUUCGCUUACCUAACGGGUAGUCUGCGAACCAUGCUAGCAUACGUAGAACAGUGUUAAUGGGCUGCUACAAUUCAUGCUGGAUAUGGUCCUAGUACGAGAUGAUAUAAUGGGCAAAUACUUUUUGAUCGUGAUUCUACAAAAAGUUUUUUUUUAUCACUUGAAACCGUUCAGAAACAUAAUAUAACAAAAUUAUCACUUAUAUCCAGUUUUUCUAAGUAGUUUAACCCAAGAUGAGACAGAAUGAUGUGAAACAAUUUCCAUUGAUGAGUGACACAAUUUCGUUUUUCCGAAAGUCUUCAACGACGUAUUUAUUAUUUUUGCAUUUAGGUUGACGGUAGCAAACAACUAGACGUCGCCUCAAGAGCUCUGGCUCCAAAUUUGGACUACUUCGUGAACUUCUCGUCUGUGUCAUGUGGCCGUGGUAACGCUGGACAGGCCAAUUAUGGUCUCGCCAACUCUGCUAUGGAAAGGAUCGCUGAAGCUCGUCAAGCAGUUGGUUUACCUGGUAUGGCCAUCCAAUGGGGUGCUAUUGGUGAUGUGGGUCUCAUCUUAGAAACCAUGGGAGGUAACGACACAGAAGUUGGUGGCACUCUGCCACAAAGGAUGUCAUCUUGCUUGAACACAAUGGACAUAUUCCUACAACAACCCCAUGCCGUUGUGGCCAGUAUGGUACUUGCGGAGAAGAAAAAGGGAACUGGAGCAGGAAAUCAAGUCAGUCUCACAGAUGCUGUUGCUAACAUUUUAGGUAUCAAGGAUGCCUCGACAGUAGCAGGCAGCGCCUCGUUAGCAGACCUUGGUAUGGACUCUUUGAUGGGUGCUGAAAUCAAACAAACACUAGAAAGGAACUACGAUUUAGUGCUGAGCGCGCAGGAAAUCAGAGCUCUAACCUUCGGCAAGCUGGUGGAACUUGGAAGCGGUGGUGGAAGUGCAGCUUCUGUAACAGCUAGCGGUGCUAAAGAUAAGAAUGUACAAUUUGACAUGAACACCGAAAUCAUGCCGUCUAAGACCUUAAUCGAGAUGCCAAGCAAGGGCAAAGAGAACAGCAAAACGCCCGUAUUCUUAUUGCAUCCUAUUGAAGGUGUUGUUAAGGUCCUGGAAACCCUUGCUAAGAACAUCGACGCUCCAGUAUACGGUCUCCAAUGCACAGCUAACGCGCCUUUAAACAGCAUCGUAGACCUAGCCAAACACUACAUCACAGAAAUCAAGAAAGUUCAGCCUAAAGGGCCUUAUACACUCAUAGGAUACUCUUUCGGAGCCUGUGUAGCCUUCGAAAUAGGCAUUUUGCUGGAGAAGGCCGGAGAAAAAGUCAAGCUGUUACUGUUAGAUGGAUCUCCAUCUUAUGUAGCGAUGCACACGGGUAAGGCCAAGACGAAGAUCAACAAUGAAGCAACUGAACAAGCUGAAGUGCUCAGUUAUUUUGCUAUGCAAUUCAAAGACAUCGAUCUAGCAAAGAUGACAUCAGAAUUAAUCGCACUGAAGACAUGGGAUGAGAGGUUGAAGAAGGUAGUUGACAUCCUAACUGGAACACCUUUCAAGCCAGAACAAAUCGCGGCAGCUGCAACCAGUUUCUACGGUAAACUCAAGGCUGCCGACAAAUACAAAACAUCAGGGAAGUUUAACGGAAAUGUCACCUUAGUCAAAGCUAGCGAUAACUUCGUACAGAUGGGCGAAGACUACGGAUUAUCAGAGGUAACAGACUUUUUAAUUAGAUACUAUAACGUUCUGAAAUUAAUCUAAAUCAUAUAAAGGAUGUACCAGUAGUCACUUCGAGAUUUAAAUUUAGCGAAACUUUUCAAUUCCGUGACGUAAAAUUUUAUAUUGCGCAUGUCAUGUCAUUUAGAGACACGACAAUUUAAUUAUACAGGGUGGCCAAUAUAUAACUGACGGAUUUAAAUUGCGGGCCAUUUUUGAUACACGCAUUUCAAUAUGUGGCGCCCUAGUAAUUGUUUAAAGCACAUGUGUCCAAUUCAUCAUGGAGCGCUACACGAUCCCACAACGCGUCCGUAUUGUUAAAACGUUUUACUUAAAUAAUGAGUCGAUUGUUGCAACGAUUCGGAAACUACGACAAGACUUCGCUCGAAAUAACGUGCCCAGUACCAUUCGUCAGUUGGUACGGAUAUUUGAACAAACAUGUAAAGUUAAAGACUUGCCAAGGUCUUUUAUUACGUGUUCGAACUGUUCGUACUCCGGAAAAUAUCGAGAGAGUUCGUGAAACUCGGUAUUCGUCGCACGUCAUUAUGCACUAUUUAAAAAACAAGAAGAAAAAGUAAAUAUCGAUUUUUACCGACAACUGAUAAUGAGCCUUUGAAGCCCACUUCGAUAUGAUCGGGUUUGUUAAUAAACAGAAUUGUCGUAUCUGGGCAUUAGAAAACCAUCGUGUCAUCCAUCAACGACCACUACAUGCUCGUCGAGUCACAGUUUGAUGCGGUAUUUGGUAUGGAGGAGUCAUUGGACCUUACUUCUUUGAAGACGCUGCAGAUAAUUCUCUUACUGGCACUGGCGAGCCCUACCGUGAUGUGGUGCAAAACUUUCUGGCUCCUCAAAUCCAACAAUUUAACCUGCAAAACAUGUGGUUCUAACGGGACCAUCAAAUCAAUCAUUCUUUGAAAAUUCUCAUCGUUAGUUUUAGUAUAAAAUAGCAUUGCAAAUCUCUUGGUAGGAUUGAACUUCGAACAGUUAACCUUGCAAUAGUUACGUUCACCAGUUCUAAAUUAAUUUAUGAGACAUAACUACCAUAAUCUUUGUUAGUUUUAAUAAAAACGCGAAGUACAUAUUGGGACAAUGUUUACAAACACUACUAGUCUGAUCUCAUGAAUAUUUACCACAAAAGCUCAGAAAAAAGCAGAAAAAUGUCGGUCCAACGCCCAAAUGUAUUUGGCAUUUGAAGGUUUAAAGGUUGAUUUUCACUAUACAUUCCGUUUCCAUUCCGUAACCGUUCCGUAAAUUAUUGAAAUUAAAUAUUCGCCUUGGCUUAAAGCAGGCUAUUGCGUGUGUAUGCACAUUAUCCGUAAGGUAUACUGUGUAUAAAAUCACAUUGUACGGAACGUUUACGAAACUGAUAUGGAAUGGAAAUGGAAUGUAUAGUGAGAAUCAACCUUAAAACUCCCUGCAUAGCAACACUGUCUCGUGCCAAAAUCACGUAACCUUUUUUUACUAUUUUGAUCACUAUUUUAUGAGGAAAUUUCUGAGAUAGUCGUUAAAAUAUUAUAACAUUGGUGACCAAAAGGUUUCAACACAGUACUGAAUCGAUGAGAAAGAAAGAUAUAAUACGCGUGAAAUUAUACAAUCAAUAAACUAUGAAAUUUUCCAAAAGAAAAUCAUUAAAAAUGGUUUGUCCCAGGAAUCGGCACUCUACCAUUAAUAAGGAUAAAUUCAAAUUACUAGUAAGUAAUCAAAAUAGAAGAAAAAAGGUUACUUGAUUUUGGCACGUGGCAACACGUAAAGUGAAGAUGUGAAUCAAAAAUAAUGUUUGCUGCCACACUUUACAAGUCAUGCCUACUCAAGUCUAACUUAUAUUUUUCUUUUAUUCUAGGUGUGCAAACAGAAAGUACAAAUAGAGUCUUUGAAGGGUGAUCACAGGACGAUUCUCAGCGGAGAAACCGUAGAAAAGAUUGCAGAUAUCGUGCACAAACUCCUCAAAGCUUAGAUAUCGAUUUUCUCUAGCGGUCCAGCACAUACACAUUCCGAUAAAUUUUAUAGACUAAAUGGGAUAUACCUAGUCGAAAAAGUGCUAUAUAAUGUGUGUAGAGGUCGCUACAUUGGAAAUAGAUAGCUAGAUAAAUAAUUAAGGAGAAACAAGAAACAUUGCAAAACUAUGUUUCUGUUAUUCUUCUACUCAAAAUUGUAUAUUCAGUUUUAAAAUCGAAUGUUUUCAUGUGGGUAUGAUCAGAGCACCUUCACAUUGAUAACAUGUGCAGUUAUUUUCAUUCACGAAAUAAAUAUUUUUUAUAUUCAUGGUUCAAAUUAUAUUUAAUUUAAUUUUCGUAUCACUGCACACAUAAUGAGAGGUAGUUAUUUUGACUAUAGUGUAUGUAUAGUGGUAUUUAAGCAAAAAGACAUGGAUUUUUAACAGUUUGUUUCCAAUGCAGCUUGGUGACUGUAUAUAUGUAGAUGAAGUUUAUCUCCUAUAUAUUUUAUAAGUAAUUUAUUUUUUUAAGAACAUUUCUUAAGUUAUUGAAUGUCAAACGAAUUUAUUUUUGUAAGUGUAAACCAAAGAUCAAUAAUAAAUUUCUGUUACUCUGGUGAUCGUGCAGGGUUUGUUGCUUGACCACUGCAUCAUCGUCACAGCUUUUUGUGUGUAAAAAGUUGGUUGUAUAUAUACCUACUUAAUAAAGAACAUAUAUUAUUUGAAAACA